GUGUAUUAUCCCCAUAAUUUAAAUAUAAAUAGGAUUAGGAAGUAAAAUCCCAAUUUUCUUUUUAUCGGUAACUUUUUUAGUUAUUCAUUCAUCAUUAUCAUUCUCUCUUCCUUCCCCCCACUCUUCCCGCUGUUUCUCUCCUCAGUCUUCUCUAUCCUUUCUCUCUCUUCAAUUCCUAUUUGCUCUCUUUCUCUCUCUGUCUGAUUCCACGGAAAUUUCAUGUUUUUAGCUCUCUGCUAGUGCGUGUGUGAGUGAUUAAUUUUUCCGAAUUUAAAAUUAAUGAAGAAGAAGAACCUUUAGCUCUGUUUUGAAAAACCCUAAUUCGGAGAAGCUUUGGUUUGUCCGGAGUGAAUUCACUGUUAAAUUGAAGGCGGGAAGAAUUGGUGGUAUUUCGGUGUUAAUUUUGAAGGAAUAAGUGUGGAAGUUAGAUUAUCAACUGUUGAAGAAAGGUUAAAUGGAGGGGAUUCCGCAUCCGAUACCGAGGACUGUUGAGGAAGUGUUCAACGAUUUUAGGGGCCGCCGGGGUGGUCUAAUCAAAGCCCUAACCACCGAAGUUGACAAAUUCUAUCAGAAGUGCGAUCCUGAAAAGGAGAAUCUGUGUUUGUAUGGUCUGCCUAAUGAGAAUUGGGAAGUCAACCUACCUGUCGAGGAAGUGCCUCCAGAACUUCCAGAGCCAGCCCUGGGCAUAAAUUUUGCUAGGGAUGGAAUGCAAGAGAAGGACUGGCUGUCACUAGUUGCUGUUCACAGUGAUUCAUGGUUGCUCUCUGUUGCUUUUUAUUUUGGCGCUCGUUUUGGGUUUGGGAAGAGUGAAAGGAAGAGGCUUUUUCAGAUGAUCAAUGAUUUACCUACGGUGUUUGAAGUUGUUACGGGAAAGGCAAAGGAGGCAGGCCAUCUUCACAAUAACAGCAGCAAAAACAAAACAAGUGUUAAGAUGCCAUCACGACAGCCUGAAUCACAGCCGAGAGCUGUCAAGAUGUCUCCGCCCAAGGACGAAGAAGAGAGUGUUGACACCGACGAGGACGAUGAAGAACAGGGCGCUACACUUUGUGGAGCUUGCGGUGAUAAUUAUGCGACGGACGAAUUCUGGAUUUGCUGUGAUAUGUGUGAGAGGUGGUUCCACGGCAAAUGUGUGAAGAUUACACCAGCAAAAGCUGAGCACAUCAAACAUUACAAGUGCCCUACUUGCAGUACCAAGAGGGCAAGAGCUUAAAUAGUGAUUGAUGAAAUUGAUUAGGUCAAUACCACUGGGGACAUAUUUAAGUCGGGUUUCGUAGUUUGAUAUUUCUUGCUGGAUUUAGCUUGAAGUUAAGCUUGUUGCUCUUUUAGAUGAAUGAACUAGUGUUUGAUGACCGGAUUUCUUCAUAAACAUGUGUACUUUGUUUUGUUUUUUUUCAAGUAAUGCCUUAGAUAGCAAUCUUUCAAUGCAUCUUUCUCCCUGUGCUUUUCAUGCUCGUACUA